UACAGUUGCCUCGAUGACAGGCUGGAGCCCUCCCACCUCUUCCCGUCCCUGGACCCGAACCCCAUGUUUGACUGUGCCUUUGAUGGGGGUGAGGCCGCCAGCCCUCCCGACCCCCCGUGGGACCAGGACCCCCCCAGCCUCUUCCCUGACCUGCAGGUGAAGUCAGAGCCAGGGUCCCCCACCUCGUCCCACUGCUCCGACUCCUCUGGCCUCUCCUCUGCCUCCGAGCCCCUGGCCUGGGCCCCCAGUCCCCCCGAGCUGGGGGUGAAGACAGAACCAACCCCGCCGCUGCCCUGUACCCCUCCUGAUGCUGCAGGGAAGGCACCGCGGGCCGUAAAGGCAGAGGGGGUCCCCCCCAGCCGCCGGACACCCCCCAUCCAGCCCAAGCCCCCUGGGGGGGCCACUGGGCCUGGGGGGGCUGCCCCAAGCCCCCCCCAGACUAUCCUGCUGCAGCCGCUGCCUGGAGCUGCCCCCUCUCUGCCCACAGCCAUCACCGGUAGGGCUGGGGAGGGACAAGCCCCACAUGCAAGGGAUCAAGCUCCGCCCACCGAUGUGCAAGCCCCGCCUCUCUGGGCAGCAGCUCCACCCUCUGGGCAAGCCCCGCCUCCAUUUGAGGCCCCGCCCUCCACAAGCACUUACCCAGGGAGCCCCGCCCCCUAUUCUCCCUGA